CAAACUUAUAAUUUAAUUGUAGUGUAGCGUUAAAAUUUAAUUUCUAACAAUAACCGGUGAAGAUGCUUGAAAAUUGUUGCGUCUGUUUAAAUGAUUUAUUUCAUUUAAAUAAACUUUCAGAUGAAGACGAACGUAAUAUAAGUUUAUUCAAGAAAUUAGUUAGUAGUGUGCCAGAAAUUGCAUGGAUUAAUAAUUAUCAGAUUUGCAAACCAUGCACGAAUCUCUUGGAUAUUGUAUAUAGUUUCCGUGAAACUUGCUUGAAAUCAGACAUUUUAAGAAGGCAAAAAGAAAACGAAUUAUGUAAAGAAAAUGAUGGUAAAAAAGAAUUUAGAGACACUUCAACUGAAAACGAAGAAAGUAAAACACUCGUCGAUAAAUAUGAAGAAAUUACAGACACUUUUAUGGAUGAAAAUUCUAGCGAUAGCAGUGACGCUUACAUUGAAGACAGUAAAGUAAAUACAAAGGGUAAAAAAAUUAAACCUUCCAAGAAACGGAAACGAACAUUACGAUUUCAAUGUGAUAAGUGCACCGAAAAGCAUUCUUCAAGUAAAGAAUUGAUAAAUCAUUGUGUUGAUAAACAUGGAAUGGAUUUUAAGGAUGUUCGUCCAUUCGUUUGUACAAAAUGUAACAGCCGAUUCGCAAGCUCUUCGAAUUUAUUACAACAUAUUAAAUAUCACGAAGCUGUCCGGUCCAACGUUUGUUCCUAUUGUGGAAAAGGCUUCAUUACGAAGACAGACUUGAAAAUCCACGAAAAACAACAUUUGAAUUUAAGGGAAUACGAGUGCAAUGUGUGUAUGAAAAGCUAUAAUACCCAUAAAGAUUUAAGGUCUCAUAAGCUUGUUGUUCAUACUGACCCAGAGGUGUGGAAGUUCUUGUGCGAAUAUUGUAAUAAAAAAUUCCCUAUAAAAUCGAACUACGAUAGUCACAUGAGGCGACACACGGGAGAAAAGAAUUUUGAAUGUCACUUGUGCCAUAAAAAGUUUUUGGAAAAAUGCGUUCUACAGAGACACAUGAAAUCGCAUACAAAUGUACGAGAAUUCAGAUGUACCGAGUGUCAAAAAGAGUACAAAGAAAAGAGAAUAAUGCAAAUACACAUGGCAAAAAUACAUGGUAUUGGUGUAGGUGAAAUAAAACUACCAUCGAAAGAACGUAAAUAUAUUUGCCAUAUAUGCCCGAAGGCUUAUUACGCAAAAAACAAACUUACGAGACAUCUAUAUACACAUUCCGGUGAGAAACCCUUCUUUUGUACAAUAUGUAACAAAAAAUUCAACGAUCAGUCUUAUGUCAAGCAACACAUGAAAAAGACACAUAACUUUGUUAAGGUAGAAAAUCAGAUAUAGAAUUAUACUAGUUGUUGAAUUUAAAAUUGUUUGUAUUUAACUUUCCUACCCUUAUAAACUGAAUAAUUAUUUAGAAUGCGUAACUUCGAGAAUCCGAUUGAAGAGACAAUAACAGUGGUGAGAUUUUAUGAACUACAUAUUGGCUGUAUACAUUCUCGUAUGUACAAGACAGGCAGAGGCUGCUUCUUAAUUUCGUAUAGUCUUUUUUGGGCACUCGUAAAAUGGCUCGUUUUUGUUUUUCAUCGAAUUUUAAAACGUCUACGUUUGUGUAAUAGGCACUUUCUCCAAACACUUGAGCAAAGUUUUCCAUCACGUUUUUCUUCAAGUAAAUAGCUGACACAUUAACAUCAUUUUCUUGUAAGAGAACUAACGACAUAUCUAUAUAAAUAUAGUCCGACAUUUUUUACGUAUUUCCUUAAUUGUUAACUUAUAUUUGAAUUCAAAAAAUUCAAAACAUUAGUUUCACAAAUCUAAUUUUUA